AGCCGCGGUAUGGACCUAUACCACAAUACGCACGAUGUUUGCGGGAAAGGUACUAUCGAAGAGACGAGAUGCGGAUAAUGGAGCGCGAACUCCGAGACGCUGAGUCGUCCUGAAAUCUAGACGGAACGGGAACUGCUUCUUACGAACUUCACAAGAUAUGUCUUGAGGGAUGUAUGUCCCGCAGUAGAUGUGCUUCAAAUGGAAACCUGCGUGGUGACGAGUUCCGUCAAUGCGGGCUGGAAGGAGGACUGCAGGGGCGAGACGCACUGGUAUCGAUAAACAUCGUAGACACCAGACAUCACCUGCGUUACGCAACGCAAGGCAGCGGAGGAUUGAUCUUGCGUCCAUGAAAGACAAGCAACACAACUUGUCGCAUGUCAACCUUCCCGCUCGGUAACAUGUCGAUGGAGUACGAAGGCUAUCCUUCACCAUCGUCGUCUGGCAGGAUCCGCUUUGACGUCGGCCGUGAUAAGCCGUUCGAAACAGCAUACUUCGUUUACGGCGACCUCACCAGCAAAAUUCCACCUCUCGUCUGUCUCCAUGGCGGCCCUGGCGCAACAUGCCGUUACCUUGCUCCCCUUUCGGUCCUGCAGGAGCGCUACCACAUUCCCGUGGUGAUGUACGAUCAGAUCGGUUGCGGGCAGAGCACGCAUCUUCCUGAGACUAGGGGUGACACAUCCUUCUGGACUGUAGACCUCUUCGUGGAUGAGCUUCGCAAUCUCCUCUUUCAUCUCGAUAUCACAGAAUACCAUCUCAUGGGCCAUUCCUGGGGUGGGUUACCCAUGAUUACAUUUGCACUCACCAAGCCGACCGGUCUCCGCUCCCUGAUCGCCUACAGUACUCCAGCCAGCUUCCCGCUCCGUAUUGAAUGUUGCAAGCGGCAGUACAGCGAUAUGGGCCCCGAGAUGGGCGCCCUCCUAAUGCACGCACACAAGGACGGCAAAAGUAACACAGCUGAGUUUAAGGACGCUAUGAAUAAGUUCAACCGUAAGCAUAUGUGCCGCCUGGAGGUUCCUCCGCAACCUUAUCUGGAUGUCUACCCCGAGCUGGCUCGAGACGACACAGUGGCUAUGACACUGUUUGGAGCCGAUCUCAUUAACAUGACCGGGUCUUUGAAGAACUGGGACGUCACGCCAGAUCUCUGCAAGAUCACUCCCACGACGGCUCCGGGUGGUAUCCUCGUUAUGAAUGGGUGGUAUGAUACAACACAAGACGACGCGACGGCUGCAUACUUUAUCAAGCCCAGUGCGCGAGUGAAGUGGGUACAAUUUGCGGAGAGCAGCCAUAUGGCGCAUAUGGAGGAGCCGGAGAGGUUUACCAAGACUCUUGGCGAGUUCUUGCAAAUGGCGUAGCUAUGCAUAUUUGUUGUGCUUGCAUGACCGGCAAUGCACAUGCCCUUGCCACAAGCGACCAUGCACGUAAUUGCUCGGCUCAUCUACGUAAGUUUUAGUCGCACGGCAAUUUCCGCCGUUAAGUCAAGCCAGCC